ACACGAGCUCCAAUGAAGAAGUAAACAUUGCUGAAUUUCGCCAUCCAUCCAUUGUCAUCUUAAGAAAUAUUAACAAAAACGCUGAGGAAUCCAAUAACCGAUUUACAGUUCUCUUCCUGAUGUGUUUCAUCGUUCAAGGGUCUUGCAGUUCUUCUGCUGUUUAUAGUGGCAUUUUUAUUCAUAUCAACUUUACCGAUGGCUAUGUACCUCUAUCAACGAGACAAAACUACACGCUGAAAAUUGUUAAGAAUGAACUGGAAUUGCAUGCACCGCAUUAUUCUUUACUUCUUGCUAAGUGCCAUUGUUCAAGGUCGCGUCUCUAAAGCAACCAACUUUUAUACUUCGCGCGCAACAGGGAAUGACAGCUGGUCAUGUGAUCAAACAGAACCAUGUAAAACCAUUUGGAGGGCAGUGUCUUUGGCUUCAGACGGGGAUAUAAUUUACCUGGAUGGUACCAACACUGACCAAGAUCCCUACAACUGUCUAUCAACACAACAUCCGGGGCUUUAUAUCAAUAAAAGCCUUGCCUUGGUAGGAAUUGGACCCACGCCUCGGCAUAUAAGAUGCUCUGAGGGGGCAAGUUUGACAUUCGACGGCUCCGGAAACGCCACGCAGAUAAAUGUUACACUAUCAGGGCUAUUCGUAAAUGACAGCUUGGUGUACUUUCAAGACUCUUCCGUUAACAUUUAUGGCUGCCAAUUCGUUGGCAGCAAACAUGGCGUGAAGUUUGUGAUAAACAUAAGAGUGGUGUCUGAUAUUGUUAUUACCGAUUCAAAGUUUGUUAAAAACAUGGAAUGCAUCUCAAUUUUUGUCACGGAUUCAAGGAUUGGAUCUCCAAUUAUACAACAAAACUUCAUUUUAAAGAAUUCUACUAUGUCCGAAAACAACAUUGCCAAAGGCGGAAAUUUCAUUUCCUUCACUGAAUCUCCAGAUAACAAAAAGACUGUAAACUGUUUUAUCGUUGUGGAAACUGUAACAUUUUCCGGGAACACGUACAACUCAAAAGGCCUCAUUUACCUCCGGUUCAAAAAUGGUGAUCAAUACUUUCAAUACCAUGAGGUGAAAUCCAUAAACAACCGACCAUUACCGAUAAAGGAAAAAUUGAUCGAUCAUCAGAGGAACAGUGAGUUUACCUUCAAUUGCCAAAAUGUGAGUAUUUCUAUCAACUCAAGCAACUUAACAGCUCAAAAUGCAAGAACGCUAAAUAUGUCUGCAACCAACAUUUUAUUGCAAAUCUCUAAUUCACGUUUCAACCGUCACCGAUCGGCAAGAUAUGGAGGGGUUGUAUCCUUAAAGGGAUCUGGUGAAUGUGACCUGAAAAUAUCAAACUCGUCAUUUAUCAACAAUACCGUUAAUCAAGAUAAUGGCGGAGCUAUCGAAACUGAAUGCGCUAGAGUCAGGUGUACUUUAACAAGCAGUACUUUUACAGGUAACACGGCUGUGAAAGGAAAUGGAGGAGCAGUAGAUCUCCGAGUCAUCCCCUCUAUUUCCAAUUAUUUCAAAAAAGAAAAUGAAAAGAAAGACAAUGAUUUAGAGGUUGUAGUUAGAAAUGUAAGAUUUAACAAUUGCAGCGCGCUUUAUGGUGGAGCGCUAAGCAUCGUUUAUGAUGGAGGAAAUCUUGGUGUUGUUACUAUAAGCAACAGCUUCUUUAUAUCUAACGAGGCUCCUGUUGGGAAAGGUGGAGCCAUCCAAGUCAAGCCAGUUACUGGUGAUAAAUCUCAACGAAUGCACAGCAAUAUUGGUGUUAUAAUCCGUGGGUCAAUAUUUACCAACAACACCGCAGCAAUUGCAGGUGGUGCCAUUUAUGUAAACGUGAUCGAUCAAAGUAGCGUUAUUAUAGAGAAAGUAAUAAUCGAACGGAGUAGGGGUUUGUUAGGCGGAUGUACCAUUGUUGGAUCCAGCUCAUCCUUAAAAAUACUUAAUUGUAGCUUUGCAAAUAACUUAGCAAAUGCCUUGGCGAUAUUUCACAAUGUGAAAAACGUUGAAAUCCUAGAUUCGUCAUUUGUGGGUAAUUUCCCUUUAAGUGGAUCAUUUGGAGGGGCCCUUGUUAUUUCGGAUUAUAUGAAAUGCAAACCGGAACAAUGGCAACAAGGAUCAUAUACGAUCAUUCAGAACACAACAUUUAAAAGUAAUAUAGCAGUGAAUAGUGGUGGAGCUGUGUACUUAGCUAACUGCAAGACAAAAAUUCGGAAUUGUCAUUUUUUUGACAAUUUCGCCCAACGUUACGGUGAUCAUGUAUACGCGCUGAAAACAAACAAUUUGACGAUACUAGACAGCAUUUAUAAGCAAACCGGAAACAAGCCUCGAUUAAUCAACGGAAUGUAUCACUCUGACCAUUCUUCACUUAUUGACAUAGUUGAUAUAGAAACUCUGGUUAUGUCCAACACAACAGUGGAAAGCAAGGCAUACAGUCGUGAUAAAGGUUUGAUGAUGGCGACCAGCAUCAGUGGUAAGGUAAUGCUUGGAAACGACAGCUUCCCAGUGGAGUUUAUUUGUCCUGUUGGAAGUAAAAUUAAUAUUAAUUGUAUGCCUGGUAUCCUGUCCACUCCAGACCGACCUUGCGCGUCUCAUCGUCAUGGUGGAGUCUCUGGUAUUCAAUUGAGAUGCUCUGUUUGUGAGGGAAAUUCCUAUAGUCUGCAACGUGGUCGAGCCAGAGGAACCCAGUUUGUUUCACCAUUUAAGUGUCAUCCUUGCCCAUUUGGUGCAAACUGUACUAAACAUAUAGUCGCCAAACGUGACUUUUGGGGCUUCAAAGAGCAGCGAAACUCUUCGCUGCUAAGGUUCACCAUGUGUCCUAUGGGGUAUUGUAGCCAGCCGACGGAAGAAGACUUUCCUGAAUAUAACAGUUGUCAAGGAAACCGGUCUGGCCAAUUGUGUGGGAAGUGUAAAGACAACUACACAAAGACUCUUUACUCUACAGAAUGCAUACCAUUAGACCCGUGCAAUAUUUAUUGGUACUGGGCCAUAGCUUUAGUUUAUGUAUCACUCUUGGCUUUGUACUUAACGUUUAGGCCUCCGAUGGUACCUUGGAUUAAGCGUCAGAUCUUGUGGUUCAAGCAGAAAGAGCCCGUGGGCCAGAAGGUCAUCUUCGAGAAAGGGUAUCUGAAGAUUCUUUUCUACUUUUAUCAAGCAGCAAAUCUUGUUCUUAUCUCUGGCUCAUCCCAGUUGGCUAUAAAAGACAAAAUCAUUGAACCAAUAGUUGGUGUGUUCAACUUCAGAUCUGGUUCUCUUCAGGGAUUCAAUUGUCCAUUUACUGGUCUCUCGGUGGUAACAGAGCAGCUAUUGUUAGAAUUUCACGUUGUUUGCACGUUGCUUGUAAUAUGUGCUUUGUAUUGCGUGCUUUGUGGUUUUCAGAAGCUCCGUGGCAAAGGGAAUCCAUCUCCUGGUCCAUAUAUAGGUGGCAUCUUGCAAGCUACUUUGCUAGGGUAUACAAUCAUAGCAACCAAAAGCUUCAGUUUGUUGCGUUGUGUUGAUAUUGGUGGGGAGAAGCGUUUGUUUUUUGAUGGUAGCAUUGUUUGUUUUCAAUGGUGGCAGCGUCUUUUGACGGGAUUUGUUUGUGGUUACGUGGUACCUUUUUUGUUUGUCCUCCUUUGGGGCUCUUGUAAGCUAUACGAUGACACUAUCUCGGUGAAGACUUUCAUCGUGGCUUGUUUUUUGCCUCUGCCACUGCUAUUCUAUUGGUCUUAUGGUGUGUUGCGUGCAACGUUGAGAGGCACAGUCCCUGAAAUUGCACCUCCGAGGCAAGAUUCAAAAAGGUAUCUAGAAAUAGUUCUCUAUGACUCCUUUAAAAGACCUGAUGAAGGAAGUAAACUGUGCCUCUGUUGGGAAAGUGUCAUGAUUGGCCGUCGACUGAUUCUUGCUGCGCUGAAGUCAUUCGUCAGCGACCCAUUGCCUCGAGUCGUUAUUAUGAAUUUGCUAAGUGUUUUGUUUCUUAUUCACCACACUUUAACUCUGCCAUUUCGUGAUGGUAUUGCAAACGUAAUUGAGACCAUUUCACUGGCUUUUAUUGUUGUUUUGGGAUCUGUGAACGUGUUCUUUGCUUCGUUUGUGUCGUUGGGUGUUUCAAUCGACGACAAGGCCUUUCGACACUGGUGGAAUGUUUUGCAAGUGGUUGAGCUCGUAAUUCUCAGCUUAGUACCCACAUGUUUUUUGCUGGUACUGGUCGUGGCUGUUGUCUCUCUAUUGUUCCGAAUAAACGUUGUGAGUAUUCGUGGGAUGUACAGAAUCUUGAACUCCUUUUGUGCGCGUUCCAAGAACCAGACAGAAGAGAAGAGAUCACUAAUGGCAGUUCACUUAGAUCAAGACAAGGCUACAAUUGGUGGUAAAAGAUGACCAUACUACUGUGCAGCCUAUCUGCGAGGAAAAGCACUCAUCCGCAUCGUUCAAAUCAACAGAGAAAGCAGCAAAUUAAGAAACAAAUGAACCGGCUUAAUAUCUACCAAGAAAAACUCUGUCUUUGAUUCGGAGUCAGUCUUCUUCCUUCCUUUAGAAAAUCUUUUCGAAGGUGGCUUCCUAGUUAUUCCUAGAAGAUGGAAGCAAACUGUCCCUGUGUUGGGAAGGUGUUAUGAUUGGCCUUCGGCUAAUUAUUGUUGCACUGAAGUCACUUAUCAGAGACAUAUAUUUUAUAGAUAUUGUGUAAACUAUACCCUCACAGAGACAGAACGAACAUUUUGCAUUUUGUAGGGAGCAGAAAGUUAUCGGUGCGCUAAGAGCCGUGUGUCGUGACUCGAAAUGUUCACAUCAAUGAAAUCUUUUUAGGUCUUUAGUUGGUUUGCGUCAGUUGCGCUUUGAACUUACAUUUUCUUUGAGUAAAACACGGUGUCGAUUCAUCUAUGAGACUCGGGCAAGAAAUUAAAUCCAAAAUUGUUUAUUUUGGCUACGGUCAACUUUGAAGUCUCGGAUUAUCAUUUUCAUGUGACGCCACAGAGUUUGAGGGUUCACCAUGUUUAUCAGGGAUUGACAGCUCAGUUCGAGGUUAACAAUAAGAUUUUCCGAGUUUCAAUUUACGCUUUUCGCUCUACAUAUGUGAGUGGCCCGGACCGAAUAGAAAGUAGCCGCUUUUUUCGUUACUUCUCUUUCUCUCUUCGAGCUCCAAAAAAUAUUCGCUUUUUAAACACAAAUAGUUACUGAUGACCAGUUUAUCAGUUUUACGUGCGUAAAGAUUUGACAAUUGGUCAGUGAUGAGUCAAAAAACCUUCAGGUAUCCCAAUACUACAUAAAUGCAGUUUUUUUUGUCUCGUUAACCAUGGAUUUUCAGUUUUGUAUCGGAGGUUUCCAUCGGUCAACGUAUUAAAUUUUUUGAGAAUGCGA